AUGUCAAGUACGGACGACCUAUCUUUGGAGAAAUUACAAGAGAAGACCAUUUUGUUGCUAGACAUCAGCAGCUUGGGAAGGCCAAGAUCGGAAUUAGGAAGAUUGCAAUAUCGACUCGUGCACCUGACCAACGAAGAACAGGCAUUCGCUUCUGUAAUUGGCCUCACCGAUCGUGUUUUCGGUACGACUUCUAGAUCGGCGGUGAAUACCAAAGCCGUUCAACAGGGGCAUUCGAUCAGGUCUGCCAAGGAACAUGCAAACUGGAGCCGUACGAGCAAAACGUUCGAGGAAUACUGCUAUAAACCACCGGCCCAAGCGACCUGAAGUACCGCCAUUACCAAGGCACUUUUUUCGGUUCCGGAAAAUGGUACCCCAUUGGAAGGCGAAGUGAAGCCAACAUGGAUUGCGCUAGGCACGACGCACAAUACCAAACUUGGCGGAACGAAGCUAAAAAUGGGAUACGCCCAUCUCCUUGGUACGGACGCCUAUUCCAAACCUAUCAACCCCGCCCAAAUGCACAAGUAGAAAAAGGAAAAACAUAGAGAGAUAAAUACGAAGGAAAAGGAUAUGAAGAAUAGUAGAUUAGGCAUAUUUUUAUUGAAAGCGUAGAAUAAAGUGGGGCUAGGAGAGCCAGUACCCCAUUAUUCAGCUUCGUACCACCAACUUCCACAGUGAGGAUCCCAAAUUUUUUGAGGAUCCCAAUACCAUC